AUGAAGCAAUCAUGGAAAAUUUUAAUCAAAACAAAUGUUCACGAAAGAGAAGUAUCAACUGAUUUCUAUACAGGAAAAAUCUCACAUACAUUACAAUUUUGGUUACUUCUUAUUUUCGGAGUUCCAUCAUUAAUCUGUUCUUUAUUUAUUUUUUAUCAAUAUCUGUUAGAUCAUACACGACGUCGUGCAUUACACAAUCAUGUUAUUCUUUUAAUAAUAAUAACAAAUAUAAUUCUUAUCUGUACAGAUUUUUCAUGGAUGCUUGAUAGUCUUCGUCGUUCAGGACAUGUUUUAUCAGCAACACCAACUUUUUGUAUGAUCUGGUGGUUUUUUGAUUAUAGUUUGUAUACUACUCAAACAGUUCUACUUGCAUGGGCAUCAAUUGAACGUCAUAUUCUUAUAUUUCAUAAUAAAAUGGUUACAACAACAAAACAGAAAAUUUUCUAUCAUUAUCUUCCACCUAUACUAAUUCUUAUUUAUUUAUCUAGUUUCUAUGCUGUUGUUAUAUUUCUACCACCAUGUCACAAUGAAUUUGAAUAUACUUCAGUUGAAUGUGGAUCAAAUCCUUGCUUUUUAAGUAUAAAAAUUCUUGCUUUAUGGGAUUCAAUUGUAAAUAGUGCUUUACCUACACUUAUCAUCGCUAUUUUUAGUCUUGCUUUAAUUUAUCGUAUAAUUGCACAGAAAAAACGACUUCGACAGCCUAUUCAAUGGCGAAAAUAUCGACGUAUGUCAAUGCAACUUCUAACACUUUCAGCUGUUUAUCUUUUUCUUAAUUUUCCUUUAACAAUAAUUAUGCUUGUACAACUUUUUCAACAUACAGAACGUUAUGUUGGUUUUGGAACUCAACUUUAUAUUUUCUUUCUUACAUAUGCUGUUACACUUUCAUUACCAUUUGUUGUAUGUCUCAAUUAUUUAUCUAAUGGUAAACAUCGACAUCGAAGAAUUUUUCCAAUUGUGACAUUCUCACAACAUCAACGAAUGUUUACUAGAGAUAUACCAACUACUGUAUAA